AUGGCUAUACCGACGCCAUGUGCGCUGGCUGGGAGAACAGGCUGGAAAUGCCCCAGCAUCUCGUUCAGCUUGUUCGCCCGCUCCUACUCAUACUUCCCUCCCGCAAGACGACGGACGCUUUUCCAGCAACGAAACGGGCGGGCGUUCCCCCAGCGUCAACAACAACAAUUCGCCACAUCACUAAGGCGGAGUCUCGAGGACGUUCAAGAGACAUCGGAUCCUCGCCAGCAAGAUCGGGUGAAUGAUGAGGUCGACGUGUGUAUUAUCGGCGGCGGCCCGGCUGGUCUCAGCGCAGCGAUUCGAUUAAAGCAGCUCGCCAACGAUGCAGGAAAUGAAGACUUCCGAGUCCUACUACUUGAAAAGGCUGGGGAAAUUGGCGCUCAUAUUCUCUCGGGCAAUGUCAUUGAACCCUCAGCAGUAAACGAGCUACUGCCGGAUUGGUUAUCAGACGACAAUGCAAACAGAUUUGACAAUGCCACACCUGCAAAGAAAGACUUUAUGCGCUUCUUGACCAAGAAUAGCGCCAUACCGAUUCCAGCGCCUCCACAGAUGAACAACCAUGGCAAUUACAUCAUCUCGUUAAAUCAGUUUUCCAAGUGGCUGAGUGAGCGUGCUGAGGACAUCGGGGUGGAAGUCUAUCCGGGGUUUGCAGCAAGCGAAGUGCUCUAUAACCAUGAUGGCGCCGUCAAAGGUGUAGCAACGAAUGAUGUAGGCAUAUCACGAAGUGGCGAGCCAAAGCCAAGCUUUGAGAGAGGGAUGGAAUUUCACGCACGUGUCACUCUUUUUGCCGAAGGCUGUCAUGGUAGCUUGACGAAGCAAGUGAUCAAGAAGUUUGACCUGAGAAGAGAUAGCCAGCCGCAGACAUAUGGUCUGGGCCUAAAGGAGGUAUGGGAGGUGCAACCGGAAAAGUUCAAAAAAGGAGAGGUUGUUCAUACUAUGGGCUAUCCUCUCCCAAAGGACACGUACGGUGGCGGUUGGCUCUACCACUUUGGCGAUAAUCUUGUCAGCCUGGGACUUGUCGUUGGCUUAGACUAUCCCAAUCCUUGGCUGGCCCCAUAUGGAGAGUUCCAAAAAAUGAAACAACACCCUACCUACAGAUCUGUCAUUGAAGGUGGCAAAUGCAUAUCUUACGGCGCUAGAGCACUCAACGAAGGGGGUUCCAAUCGAUACCCAAAUGGAACGCAUACAGCUAUGCGGUCAGGAAUGCUGGCAGCUGAGGCUUCUUAUGCAGCCUUGACCAAUAAUCCUCCAGGCGCUGGCUCGUCCGUCUUUCUAUAUGACUACGAGGAUAAGCUCCGCAACAGCAGGAUCUACGGUGGAAUCAUGUACUCUGGACUUGAGGCAUAUAUCUUCCGAGGCAGGACUCCUUGGACUUUGAAGCACAAGGAACCAGGUGACUAUGCCGCCACUAAGCCGGCGGCAAUUUCCCAAAAGAUCGAAUACGCCAAGCCAGAUGGUGAAGUCACCUUCGAUAUCUUGACAUCUGUCUCGAGGACAGGCACAAACCACGAAGAGGACCAGCCAUGUCAUCUCCAGGUGCAGGAUUGGAAGAAGCAUAAGAAUGAGAUGUGGCCUCGCUUUAAGGGCGUUGAAAACCGCUUUUGUCCUGCUGGCGUGUAUGAAUACGUGGAGGACGCAAAUGAAGAGCAUGGAGUGAGAUUUCAGAUCAACUCGCAAAACUGCAUACAUUGCAAGACCUGCGAUAUCAAAGCUCCAGCUCAAAAUAUAAAUUGGCAGACCCCUCAGGGAGGCGAAGGUCCGAAAUACGUGAUGACGUGA